ACCCGGGGGUCUAUCUCCACCCCCUACAGCGAGAUCCGGUCCCGGUCGCUCCAACUUCCCAACUGUUCCUCCUCCCACACCCCACAUUACCCCUUAUCUCCCAGAGCCAACUCCAGGCCCAACCAGCCCCCUCUCGGAUUCCUCUCCAGGACUCAACCCGGACUCUCCAAAAGUUACCGCGGGGCCUUCCGAUCCCCUCGGCCAUCGCCCAAGUCUGGCCAGGCCAGUGGGGCCAGUGAGGAUUCUCAGCAGCUUGACAUUCAGAAACUGAAAGAGAAGAGGGACAUGCUGGACAAGGAGAUCUCCCAGUUAAUAUCUGAAGGCUACAGUGUGGAUGAACUGGAGGACCACAUCUCUCAGCUUCAUGAGUAUAAUGACAUCAAGGAUGUAGGCCAGAUGCUGCUGGGCAAACUAGCUGUGAUCCGAGGUGUCACCACCAAAGAGUUGUAUCCGGAAUUUGAUCUGGACGUGAAUGAUUGAGCAAAGGGCUCAGAGCCCCUUGUCUGUGACCAGCUAGAACAAGCAGAUGUGAAUAUGAGAAGCAGUGAGAGGCCAACCAGGGCACCUGCAGGGUUUCCAGGGAGAAGAUGUCAGAAGCCUUUUUCUAGACAGCCAAGACUGAGUUGAGGGGGGAGCAGGGAGGAAGGGGUGUACGGGUAUAUGUAUCCUAUUUAUAAAUAAAUAUAUGAGCAAUCUUGAUAUCAGUCUGUACACUGAUUUCUCUCCACUGAUAACUCCCUAAUCUUACUCAGGAGAAAGAGAGUCUGUUUUGGAUUGUAACAAGCUUACAUCUGCCAGGCACUGUGCCUGCACUAAAUAAGGGGCAAAGUCGGUAAAUCCCACCUUCAUUGCUAACUGCAUGGUAAAGAUCAGCAUGAAUCCAAUCCCCAAAAUGGGACAGAUCCAGUCCUCACCUUCCCACUUCUCCACCCUCAUCGCCAGCCGCCCAAGUGGCUCACUCUCUCCAAUCCU